AUGGCGGAAAAUGAUGUAAAUCAUGGCAACAUGGCGAAAACUGUAGAAGAGACUAAAAAAGAUAAGAUAGCGAGGGAUUUGGAGCAGGCGAACGACUAUUUUGCAGACGAUUUUGACAUGCUAGAAGCAAACGAUAACUGUGCCGCCAAAGUUUUUAAAUGCGAUUCUGCACGUCCGAAAUCAGUACAAAAAAGAAAGAGGGGUACCAGAGCAGGUGCACACAUUCAACAGGAUCGCUUCAUGCGCUUUCUGUAUAAAAUGUCAUCAGCUCAUUACAAUUGGGGACCUAAACACAGGAAAUUUCCUUCAACAUACGAAAAACCGUCAACAUCUCCCAACCAACAUGAAAAUUUCGAAAAUAAGAAAGACUAG